ACAACAUCAACAAGCGCGACUCAACGAGCUCCAAGCAGGGCCCACGAGCAAGAACCUCAUCUACCGAGCGAGGUUCUAGAAGAAAUCUUCAACCGUCUGUCGUUGAAGGACAACAUCCGAGCUUCCGUCGUCUGCAAGAGCUGGCAAUCUCCAGCAAUCUCCGUUCGAAAGGCAAACACCCCACCAUGGCUAAUGUCGUACCCGAAAUCCGGAGACUUGUUCGAGUUCUACAACCCUACGGAACGCAAGAACUACUACCUCGACUUACCCGAAAUGCGAGGCACGAGGAUCUGCUACGUGAAGGACAGCUGGCUCCUCCUCUACAAGCCAAGAACUCUUCGACUAUUCUUCUUCUGCCCCUACACUCUCGAAAAGAUCAAAAUGCCGAAACUUCAACUAUCCGAUCACAUAGUGGCGUUUUCCGCACCUCCGACGAAUCCUGAUUGUACCCUUUGCAUGGUUAGGCAUGUCGAGCGUGAGGCUGUUGCUAUUAGCACGUGUCGAAUGGGAGAAAACCAGUGGACCACACUCACCUACGAAUGCGACCCUCCGUUUCAUAGCUCGAUGUGGAACAAGCUUGUUUUCUGCGACGGCAUUUUCUACUGCAUGAGCCUGACAGGCUUGCUAGGGUUUUACGAUCCGAUAGAGAGGACUUGGAAUAUUUCUACGGUGCCGCCACCUCAUUGCACCGAUUGCCUCCACCUCGAGAAUCGGUGGAGGAGCAAGUUCAUGGCGGAGUACGAGGGGGAUAUAUACGUUACAUGCACAUGCGCUUUGGCGGAGCCGUUUGUGUAUAAGUUGGACUGGGUGAAAGGGGUUUGGGAUGAGUUGGUUUCUUUGGAUGGGAGGACUAUCUUCGCGAACUAUGUGUCUUCGUGUGUGAGGAGUGAACUUGUCGGGAAAUUGGUGGGGUCCGUUUAUUUUCCGAAGGUUCUGUUUUAUGGGAAGCGGUGCAUUACGUAUAGGCCCGAGGGUGACAGGUACUCCCCGAAAGACGAUGUUUACGAUUGGACGGAGAUGGAGGGUUUUCGGUCUGCGUGGAUUGAAGCACCGAAGAAUGUCGAUAAGUUUCUUGAAGGUGCCGGAUGCAAAG